AUGAUGCUGUGGACCCAACAGGCACUGUUUGCUUUGCUCCUCCCCACACUGCUGGCACAGGGAGAAGCCAGGCGCAGGGGGGCCCCUCAGGCCUGCAACAACACCAAGCCUGCUUUACUGAGGCUGUCGGAUCACCUCCUGGCCCACUACAAGAAGGGGGUGCGGCCUGUGAGGGACUGGAGGAAGCCCACCACCGUCUCCAUUGACGUCAUUGUCUAUGCCAUCCUCAAUGUGGAUGAGAAGAAUCAGGUCCUGACCACUUACAUCUGGUACCGGCAGUUCUGGACUGAUGAGUUUCUCCAGUGGAAUCCGGAGGACUUUGACAACAUCACCAAAUUGUCCAUCCCCACCGACAGCAUCUGGGUCCCCGACAUUCUCAUCAAUGAGUUUGUGGACGUGGGGAAGUCUCCGAGUAUCCCGUACGUGUACGUCCAGCACCAGGGCGAGGUGCAGAACUACAAGCCCUUCCAGGUGGUGACUGCCUGUAGCCUCAACAUCUACAACUUCCCCUUCGAUGUACAGAACUGCUCACUGACCUUCACCAGCUGGCUGCACACCAUCCAAGACAUCAACAUCUCUCUGUGGCGCUUGCCUGACAAAGUGAAGUCUGACAAGAGCAUCUUCAUGAAUCAGGGCGAGUGGGAGUUGCUAGCAGUGCUGACCCAGUUUCAGGAGUUCACUAUGGAGAGCAGUGACUGUUACGCGGAAAUGAAGUUCUACGUGGUCAUCCGCCGGCGCCCCCUCUUCUACGCCGUUAGCCUUUUGCUGCCCAGCAUCUUUCUUAUGGUCAUGGACAUCGUGGGCUUCUACCUGCCCCCGGACAGUGGUGAGAGGGUCUCCUUCAAGAUCACCCUCCUCCUGGGCUACUCCGUCUUCCUGAUCAUUGUGUCUGACACCCUGCCAGCCACUGCCAUUGGCACACCCCUCAUUGGUGUCUACUUUGUGGUGUGCAUGGCUCUGCUGGUGAUAAGCUUGGCGGAAACCAUCCUCAUUGUGCGGCUGGUACAUAAGCAGGAUCUGCAGCAGCCAGUGCCUCCCUGGCUGCGGCGUCUGGUGCUGGAGAGAAACACCUGGCUGACCUGCCUGGGAGGACAGUGCACCUCCCAGAGGCCUCCAGCUGCCUCCCAAGCCCCCGAGACUGACGACUGCUCAGCUGUGGGAAACCACUGCAACCAUUUGGGGGGACCCCAAGACUUGGAGAAGAGCUUGAGAGGCAGAGGCAGCCCUCCUCCACCUCCCCGGGAGGCCUCCCUGGCCGUGCGUGGGCUGUUGCAGGAGCUGUCCUCCAUCCGCCACUUCCUAGAGAAACGGGAGGAGAUCCGGGAGUUGGCCAGGGACUGGCUGCGCGUGGGCUCUGUGCUGGACAAGCUGCUCUUCCACAUCUACCUGCUGGCAAUACUGGCCUAUGGCAUCACCCUGGUCACCCUCUGGUCUGUCUGGCAUUAUUCCUGA